GUUUUUGCGUCUAGCUCGCUUCUGUGCAGAGAGGCAGGCAGCAGAGACAGGAUGAGUCUGAGAAGUAGACCACCUCUCACAUGAUACAAUGGAAAUGUGGCUGAAACGGUCGACUCUGGUGUUACUCACAGUAACAGUAGCAGCCAUGGCGAUAUCAGAUCAACAUCCUGUGAUGAAUGAAAACCAAACAAGAGUGUCCAUUCAUUUUGGUUCUUCUCUGCAUUUAAACUGCAGUUUGACGACAGUGGGAUAUGACAGGUUUCGGUUGGCCUGGUAUUUUAACCCCAAUGGAUCAUCAUUUAGUGACUCAGUGAAAUUAUGUGACAAGAUGUUUAACAAAUCUGCAAGGAAUGGAGAGCAAGAGUUUGAAAAGAAAUACGCUUUAGUAAAUGCUACAGAAAACGACAGCGGAUGGUACUUUUGCCAAGUCACAGCAGAGAUUCCCGUGUUUAAGCUUUUUAACAGCACUGGAACACAUGUAGUUAGUAAGUAUUACUUGUAACUGAUAAACCUGCAAGAGAAGGUAUAGUUGUUGACUAUAAAUUAAUACAUUAAUAAACACUCGCUUGCCUACAACUAAAUUACAGUGGCUUAUAAGUCAUUUAUUGCAUGUUUAUAUGCUGCUUAUAAAUGCUAAAUAGGGGUACAUGAAGUAAAGUGUUGCCAUAAAGUCUAUUAUGAUGAAACAUUACAUCAUGAAGGGAUUCACAUAUACUCUUGUACUUGCUAUGAGAAAAUGAAUGCUUCUUAAAGUUUCAUUUUGUUUCCUUCAUGACAGUGAAGAGCAUGGAACAUACAACGUACCCGUCACUAGUAACGCUUGAACAAGGUGUGUGUGUGUACAUACCAGUGCCUAGCUCCUGUGAACAAUAAUGCACCAUGCAUUUGUAGCACAGUCUGAGCUGCUUUUCUGGUGGUAGUAAGUGUAGAUUUUCCGGUGAAUGCUUUGAACAAGUGCUGAUGUCAGUUUUCCACUAACAGAGUUGAUUAGACCUCAGGAGCGAGGGCUCCAAACUAUUUCCAACUGUUCAACUUUAUUCUGUGAGGUGUGCGGACUUCUACGCACACUGGCGUUGUGCUGAUUCACACAUUAGAACGGAUCACUUUACAAACACACGUUUAAAGUGACUUAUUAAACCACAGCACUUUAUUUUAUAUUAUUCUUGUACAUUGGCUUGAGGAGAAAUUUAUAUAGUAAAGACUCAAUAAGUCAAACUUUAUGUGCUUGGAAUUAAGUAAAAUUGUGAUAAUGACUUGUUUAACAAAGCUCUAUUAUUAAGGAGUAUUGUGUGGUCUACUUAUGUACACUCUGUUAUGGUUACUACAUUGAUUUAUUGUGAUCACAUUUCAAGACAAAGUUUUUCCCUUGCAGUAACUGUGUCUCCCAUAGACAACAUCGACUGGUGGAUGUGGAUCACAUGGGGGGUGCCUGCUUUUAUCCUGAUUGUCCUGCUGGUCAUAUGCGUCUUGCUGAGAAAAAGACGCCGCAGAAGCAGAGGACAAGAUCCUAUCUAUGCAAACACUCGUCGUGUGGCCAGCAAACAGCCUUCACCUCGGCCUGGGAUGCCGGUGGAAAACCUCAAGACGGCUUCUUCCUCUCAAAACCUGCGGAACCCGAGUCCCGGCAGGAGAUCCGACGAUGGCAAACGGAAAUACAAACAGUGAAGAAGUCAUUGACCUCACAAAUCUGUGAAUCAACUCCUCCUCAUAAUUAGUCAUAGACUGUAGCUGUGAUAGUAGUUUACUCACUUCAGUGAAAUUUGAAUGAAUUCUUGUAUUUUUCAUUUCAUUAUUAUAUUUUUAAUUUUAUACUAUAUUUUUUGGACACGGUUUAUGCUUUUCCCUUAAACUGGAAAUGUGUAUCUUAUUUCAUUAUUUCCUCUGAGGUAUUCCAGUAAAAUAGCUAUUAUGAGCCACUAGAUGGCAGAUGGUGGACGCUGUGAAUGGGUAGUGGUGGUUAGUUUUUUCUUUUCUUUCUUGUAUUUCAACAGCUGAUAAUAUUUGAACGUUGCCAACUGUAGCCUUUGCAUAGUAAUUAAGCAAACAUGGUUAUUUCUGGUAGGAAUUAUAAAGUGAUGGGACUGAAACGUUAUGCCUGUUUUAAGAGUUUAUAUAGAAUCUUAAAAUACUGGAAAUGCAUUUUUUUUCUGUACAGUUUGUAAUAGCUUGAAUGCAUGAUACUGACAGGGGUGUCCUGUCACAGUGUAAUUUAGCAUUUCAACGUGGGAUUAAUACAAAACAAAAUAAACAUUAAUAUUGUUUUGCGGUUACAGCUGAGUGGUUGCAAAGUGAGCGAGUGCCUUUUUUUUUUUGAAGAAAGGUACGAUCAAAAGUCACGUGUCCAGGCGCUGCCUACCGCGGGGAGCUGCCAGAUAAUCGCUCCCUGCAGGAAUUAGAUGUGGAGUGAACGUUACAGGUGGAGCAGAAAGCGUCGAGCCGGAUCCACGAGCAGACAAACAGCAGCAGUCUCAGCGGUUACUAAUGUAGAUCCUGACAACUCCUGAGGUGGGCACCAUGAAGAUGAUCUCCUCCAGCAUCCCUCACCAGUAGCCAGGCAGCAUGGCUUCUGCUCCUCCUUCCAGAGAGGACACCAGUGGCUCAUUGGCACUGCACUGGAGGCUAACGCCGACAUAGAUACUCACCACAAGUUCAAACUGAACCGAAGCAGGCUGAGCUGCACUCUACAGGCCUGGUUAAACAUACGUAUGAACUGCCUUCAGAGGGUCUUUGAAAACGAAAAUGAUUUGUGCCAGAGCAGCACAUGUUCAGGACAGUGACAUCACCACAGUGUAACAACAGCAACAUCUGGACUGAGACCUUGGACCAUGUUCUGUCUCUGAUUGGGUGCUUUGGUGGCAGAGCUGGACUGUGCAGCUCUUCCACACUUAGACAAACCUGGACUCUGAGCCAUGUCUCUUCUCUCAACCCUGAGCAUCGUCUGUGGAUUGAUGCUCCAUGUUUCAUUUAGUGCACUCGACACUCACUACUGUGUCCCACGAAACACUGUCCCCUACCAGAACGAGCUGAAGUUGUUCAGAGAGGAAGGGGUCUUCAACUACUCCACUAUGCUAAUGAGAGACGACCUGGGUGUGCUGCUGCUGGGGGCCAGAGAAGCCAUAUAUGCUCUGGACAUCAACAACAUCUCUGUCAGAAAAGCUGCGGUGUAUUGGCGAGUUACCGAGGAGAAGCAGAGAGAGUGCACGUACAAAGGAAAACAUGCUGAGGUGGAAUGCCGUAACUACAUUCGAACCCUGCACAGAGUGAAUGACACCACAAUGUAUGUGUGUGGCACAAAUGCCUUUAGCCCCACCUGUGAUUAUAUGACGUUUGCUAAUGGACAGCUGAGGCUGGAGGGAAAGCAGGAGGAGGGAAAGGGGAAGUGUCCUUUUGAUCCCUUCCAGAGAUACUCCUCCCUCAUGGUCGGAAAUGACCUGUAUUCUGCUACAUCCAUCAACUUCUUGGGCUCUGAGCCCGUGGUUCUGCGCAGCUCGGACUUGGCUCUUCGCACUGAGUUUAAAAGCUCCUGGCUCAGUGAGCCAAACUUUGUCUACAUGGACUUUGUGGGUGAGAGUUUUGAUAGUUUCGAUGGUGAUGAUGACAAGGUGUACUUGUUCUUCACUGAGAAUGCCAUGGAGUACGACUUCUACAGCAAAGUUGCGGUGUCUCGAGUGGCCCGUGUCUGCAAGGGGGAUAUGGGCGGCCAGCGGACACUGCAGAGGAAAUGGACGUCGUUCCUGAAAGCUCGUCUGGAUUGUUCCCUCCCUGAACCCAGCCUGCCCCCCAUUGUCCAGGAUGUCUUCCUGCUGAAGCACGAGGACUGGAGGAAGAGUGUCUUCUAUGCUGUUUUCACGCCGCAGUCGAGCUUGUCCCAGGCAUCUGCAGUAUGUGCAUACAGUGUGUCUGCCAUUCGAGAUAUUUUCAAUGAGGGCAAGUUUAAAACACCUGUUGCUGUGGAGACAUCCCACGUCAAGUGGGUGAUGUACACUGGAGAGGUGCCAGUACCCAGACCAGGAGCGUGCAUCAAUAAUGUGGCACGUAAAAUGGGAAUGAAUCGCUCUCUGGACCUUCCUGACAAAACACUCCAGUUCAUCAGGGACCGCCCCCUUAUGGACGAGGCUGUUCGCCCUCUGACAGGAGGGCCGCUGCUGGUCAAGAGGGGAGCUUUGCUGACUCGGAUUGUAGUGGACAGUGUACUGGCACUGGACGGACAGAGAUAUGCCGUCAUGUUCAUUGGCACUGAAAACGGUUACGUUCAGAAGGCUGUCAACUACGCUGGAGAGAUGUUCAUCAUUGAGGAGAUUCAACUGUAUGAAAACCCUGUGCCUAUUAACAUCCUGCGCCUCUCAUCCAGUGAGGGCCAACUGUAUGCAGGUUCAGAGUUUGGUGCUAUCCAGAUGCCGGUCAGUAACUGCAGCCGCUUUGAUGCUUGUGUGGACUGCAUCCUAGCCAGGGAUCCUUACUGUGCCUGGGACUUCACCACCGAGCAGUGCUCCUCAGUCCACAGCUUGUCAUCCUCCUCAAAUACUGCAACUCAGAGUCUGAAGGAGGGAGACGUCUCACGAUGUCCUCAGCCAGAUCCAGUAGCAGCUGUGGACUUUACCCUAGUUCCAGAGAACAACAUCCAGCUGCCCUGCCAACUCCACUCCAACUUGGCGCAGGUUCUGUGGCGUUUCUAUGACCAAACACUUCACUCCAACAACAAAUACUACAUCUACAGUGGGGGCCUCCUCAUCCUGAGUGCCUCUGAAUCGGACGCUGGCCUGUACACCUGUGACUCCACAGAGCAGAUAAACGGCAGAACAUAUAACCGGACUGUGGCGGUUUAUCAAUUACAGCUCUACUCUGGCCCAGGAAUGGGGGGCAGCCCUACUCCUGGCAACGAAGUGAUAAAUUCCUCAGACUCUAUUUACAGUUCGAAUACGGCUGCACCAGGGCUGGUGCCAAACCUGGGCAAUGAGGACCCGUUGUCCCCCGAGAAUCAAAGCGACACUGGCAGGGUGACUCGUUUAGAAGUGGCCGUGGCUUUGCUGUCGCUGCUUUGUCUCUCCCUCAUGGGGAUCAUAUUUUGGAUAUGGAGUCGAGGACGUUGGGAAUGCUUUAAGAUUGCACAGCGCCCCAGUGAAAGCGAGGGGAAAAGGCAGUCAGCCGAAUACAUGCACAUCCAGAACAGAACUUCAGAGAUAAAGCUCCUGCGGCCUGAGUCUGGAAGACCUUGCAGUGCCAAUAAUAAUCACUCUGCUGUUGACUUCAAAGGGAACGGGGAGCACCACUUCACACCUAUGGCCAACAUUUCAAGUCUGGACGGUCUCGGAUACAUAAAUGAUGAGUCAGAGAUUUGACUCUGCUGAGGUAUAGAAUUCAGUCCAAGGCCGCUAAUUAUCUUCUAUAGGUGUACUACUGUAGAAAAGGUUUUCACAUUAUAAAUUCUUUUCAUUAGUGUCCUGUUUCUCCUUGCCAAUUUCCUACACUAUCAUUUCCAUACAUACACCACUGGCAGACUUUUCAGGAUUUCUGGUGGAAUUUUCACUCCAAUGAAUUGUUCAUUUUUUAUAAAUGUAUUUUUUUGUAUAAUGGUAAAUUGUGAAUACACCUUGUGUAAUAUAUUGUGUACAGCCAACACCUUUUUUUAAAAACUACUAUUUAUUUGUCGCAAUGAUGUUUUUAUUUCAGCAGUUAUAAUACUUGUGAUCUAAGUCUUGUAGGGUCAACAACAAUGAACAAGUAGCAAACACUUUGACCUCUAAAGUCCAGGCACUUUUUAUUUUAUGGAUACUACUGUUUUAUAGACAACAUUCAUCGCUCAGAAAGCAUACUGUUCAGUCUUUGGCCGUGUUAAUGAUUGCUUAAUAGCCUGUACUACUCUUUUAUUUCUGGGUGGACUACAGAUUUACUUCUGCAUUUAACCAUUCAAAUGCCACUCAUAGAUGAUAUAGAUAUAGAGUGAAUGCCAUACCUCUAUCUUCAAUAAUAAAACAAUAAGACUGUUUCACUUCAGUAAAUGUUAUAUCAUUAUUGAGUUAACUAGCGUGUCAUUUGGAGGCAGAAGUGUGGGUGUAUUUCUGUCAGUGAAUCAACUCUUUGCAUCAGAGGCACAGCAAAGAUAAGAAGUUUGUUUUUUGUGUCAAACUUUGGAAAAUGUAGUCCUUGUUGAUAAUAAAAAAACAAACCUUAUUGGGAGUUUGA